CGUGGAGCUUGUUGCUGUUUUGUUCCCAGCAAACUAGAACAGCCAGUGAUCCUCUGUAGCAUUUGAAUAGAACUGUGCCAGACAAACUGUAUCUGGACUUGAUGGAAAAGCAAGCUGGAAUAACAGCCAGCCAGUCAGUCUGCUUGCUGAGAAAGUAAAUGGCUCAAUAACUAAUAAGCUUUCUUUGCAUUUGCAAUGGUAUUUCAUAAAGGAGCACAAGCCCUUUAUUUUACAUCUCUGGAAGACACGCCUCCCUAGUCUGUGUCUGUCUUCAUUCCUCCAAAGGAAUUCCAACAUUAGCAGCAAACUCUCCACAGUGGAACUACCUCAUUCAUUAGGCGAUGGUAGCAUCUUUUAUUUUUUAUGUUGAAAUAUGAAACUUCCAAGUCUGCAUGAUGUGAGCAGGUGAGGAUGUCUGCUGACAAGUCCAAAUGAUAUUUUCAGGUGUUCUAGUGAUCUUGGUACUGACAGAAGAGCUGGUGUUUGCUGUUCAGAUACUGCCUCCGAGUGUAUCAUCGUCUCAGGGCCUCCUGACAGACACUACCACUAUCACAGCUAUGGGGAUAACACCUCAACACAAAGGCCAUCGCACGAUAGGACCUGUUCCCACAACUACUCAUUCAACUCUUCACUCAGCUCACCCAAUGGAGACACCUGCCCCUACCAUUGACCAGAAGCAAGCAACCAGCAGCCAUCCUGUUGGCAAAAUGGAAACAUAUCACUUAUACAACCAGAGUGCUUUGUAUUCAGGACAGACCCGCCCAAAGGGGAAAAUAUUUCAGAUUUUCAAAGGCAACUUCACAGAAUCUACAGAGCCUUACCUAAAGACAGCACUGCACUCUCCCUUUCCUACUUUGAGGCGCCCAUUCACUAACCACCCAUUUCAGCCCCAGAUUGCAGCCUCCAAUGAUCCCAAUAGUACUGGGCCAGCAACUACGACAGACUCAAGCUCUUCUCUUCACAGCAACACCUUGGAAGGCCUUAAAAAAGCAGAGUGGGUAAAUGGAACAUGGCUAGUUAUGCAGAGAGCAGAUCUUACCACGCCAACAGCUGGCCCAUCGACUGAUCCCAAAACAGGGUCGGUGCCUUUUAAACCCACACACUAUGAUGUAUGGGAUAUCCUGAGCAAAAAUAACUCUUGGGUAACCUUGAGUCCAAGUACAAAUGUACCUUUGUUUGCCAGCCCUGGAACUGCAACAGCAGCAGGUCAUUCAGUUCAGACCAGUUUUGAUGUCAACAUUUCAUCACCUACAAUGGGAAACCCUAAAGGAACCUCCAUGACACCGCACACUAUGGUGAAUAAUGCUACUUUAUCCAACAGGGCUCUCUCCACAGCAUCCACCACAAGGUUGGCCGGCUCCAUUUCAACAGCUGGUUCCACAGCAACGGGAAACUUUCUAAACAGACUGGUGCCUGCUGGAACCUGGAAGCCUGGCAUGCCCGGGAAUAUUUCCCAUGUCACUGAGGGGGAUAAACCCCAGCACAGAGCAACUAUUUGUCUCACCAAGGUGGACAUUGCCUGGAUCAUUCUGGCUAUCAGUGUACCUAUAUCUUCAUGUUCAGUUCUGCUGACAGUCUGCUGCAUGAGGAGGAAGAAAAAGACAUCUAACCCAGAAAACAACCUGAGCUAUUGGAACAAUGCUAUCACCAUGGACUACUUCAACAGGCAUGCUGUAGAGUUACCAAGAGAGAUCCAGUCCCUUGAAACUUCAGAGGACCAUCUGUCUGAGCCACGCUCCCCAGCCAAUGGUGAUUACAGAGACAGUGGGAUGGUCCUUGUUAACCCAUUCUGUCAAGAAACACUAUUUGUAGGACAUGAGCAAGUGUCUGAAAUAUGACCCCACACCUGCCCUUGUAUUGCAGCUCCAUCUUUAGUGUCUCCAAAUUAUAAAUAAAUAUAUAUAUUAUAAAUAUAAUCUUUGUGUAACCCUGAAUUAUGAGAAAUGUUUUCAGCUUUUUUCCCCCCUAAGAAUUGUCAACCUCUUUUUUAUAAGUGUGGUAAAACUUUACAGAGCAAACUGUGGCUUUAUAAAAUAAAGGUAUUUCUAAGCAAAACACCUAUUGAACCAA